GAGGGGGAAGAGUUUCGAUGUAACACAAGAAGUACGGAGUGCGAUAAAGCUCGAACUUCACAAACUCGAGCUCGACAUUUUCCAAAGAUGUCUGCCACCAGGUACCGUCAGUUCCUGAGACUGUGCGAGGAAUGGCCAAGGGACGAGGCCCAGAAAGCACGGGAUCUGGGAACAUUUCUGCGGCAGAGAGUAGCUUCAGCUUUCCGUGAGGGUGAAAACACACAGAUCUCAGAUCCAGAGAAGUGCGACCAAAUGUAUGAAAGCUUGGUCCGCAUUAACAGCAACUACUACAGACAACGAUUUCCUCGUGUAAGAGACACAAGCUUUACAGGAGUUACGGUGGAAGAAUGUAAAUUGCUUUUGUCGUCAGGGAAUGUUCAACAGAUGGACGAGGACAAAAAGGGUUUGUGGAAAAAGUUAUCGGAGAGAUUUUCCAAAUCACCUGAAGACGUUCCAGAAAAAGCUCCUGAAAAAUAACUUCUCUCUCUCGCACUUCUUUCUUCUUUUCUCGUCUCGUUGCAUGUAUAGAAAUAAAGCUUAUUGUUAUCUUUA